AAGGAACUGCUCUUGAUCAAUAUUUUCCUUGCAUGCAGGUUUGGCACUUAGUCCUUACAAUUCACUCGUCCCAACAAACCAAAUAGCGAUCACCCUACCACGGUGAAGUUUAUCAGACCCGGUGUCGGAUCGCGCGGACCGUUCCAGCCGAAGAACGAGCCGAACCCGAAACAAUGACGGUCUUAUCAAACGUUAUCUGCAAUUGCGGGGGUGUCAACAGUGAACACCCCACCCCCGGCACAUUGCCCACUUCCAUUUACUUCAUCCCUUCCUCCCUCCAUCCCUCCCUUUCCCUUCAGAGUUUCAAGGGUUUCAAAGACUCAUUGACUUGUCUUCAACAUGGCUCAACCAACAGAAACUCUCCCCCUUCAACCCGGGGACAUCAUAUCCGAAGCCACCCAAGCCAUCGACGAUGCUAGCGAGGAGCUGCGCAGGCUAAGUCUCGAGAUCUUCCACAAUCCAGAAACCGCCUUCCAAGAAGUCAAAGCCAGCAAGCUCCUCUCCGACUGGCUCGAGCACCGCGGCUGGACUGUCACGCGCAACGUCUACGGGAUCGAGACCGCCUUCGAAGCGCGCUUCUCCGUCCGAGACGGCGGACGCACCGUCUGCUUCAACGCGGAGUACGAUGCCCUUCCGGGCGUGGGUCAUGCCUGCGGCCACAACCUAAUCGCCAUCUCGACUCUUGCCUCCGCUGUGGCCGUUGAAUCCGUCCUCAAGUCCCGUAAUCUGCCCGGUACGGCCGUGGUCAUGGGCACCCCGGCUGAAGAGUCAUACGGCGGCAAGUGGAUCAUGGCAAAGAACGGCGCGUGGCAGGGCCUUGACGCCUGUGUGAUGACUCACGGGAUGCCGGAUUUCAGCACCCCAGUGUGCAUGACCAAAGCGUCGUGGAAGCUGCGCGCCAAGUUCCAUGGCAAGGCGGCGCAUGCGGCGGGUGCGCCGUGGACGGGGCGGAAUGCUUGCGAUGCGAUUGUGCAGGCGUACACCGGGAUUGCCAUGCUGCGGCAGCAUAUUGAGAAGAGCGAGAGUAUCCAGGGGUGUAUUUUGGAGGCUGGGAAGGUCCCGAAUCUGAUCCCGGACUAUGCGGAGGGAAUGUUUAGUGUGCGAGCACCGACAGUCAAGCAGAUCGAGGCACUCAAGGCGAGAGUGGAGCCGAUCUUCCAUGGUGCGGCUGCUGCGACGGGGUGUACGGUGGAAUUGGAGUGGUUCGCGCUCUACGAAGAUGUCGUGACUAAUGAGACUCUGGCGGAGCAAUACAGACAGUACAUGAUCCAGCAUCUUGGUCUUACUCUAGACGAGAUGCUACCCGUAGCGGAAGCAAGAAUCGUCCACGAUCUGGGUGGAAGCUCUGACUUUGGCAGCUGCUCUUACAUCUGCCCUGGUAUUCAGGCUGUGUUCAACAUCAAUGCGACCGAUUUACCUCAUUCCACUGGGUUUCGGGAAGCGGCAGAAAGCGAAAUUGGACAUGCAGAAGCGCUGCGUGCAGGGAAGGCCAAUGCUCUCAUAUGUAUAGAUGUCUUGCUCAACGAUGACUUUGCUUCGAGGAUGAAACAAGAAUUCAACCAGACAAUGAAGGCGGCUGGUCGUCUUGAUUAGCUGUGUCUGUAAAGCUCUCCGGCUUACAACUUAACCGCAUUCGAGUUCAUGUACAGUAGAACAUCUUCGGAUCAAUACAGAGUUGUUUGCCACUGCCUCAGC